GUGGGAUGAGGUUUCACUUCUCGCACCGACUUGCCUCGCCUUAUCUGUCCUCCUUUUGCUCCAGAGGGAGCCGCGCCAAGUCACGUGGCGCAGGACAGAGCAACUCCCCGCUUGGCGCCCUUCCACAGGAUCGUGCCCUGACCGGGGAGGCACAACCCUGGCGAGGAUCCGACAAGGUACUGGGCACCUGCGGAGCACCGAGAGAGAGGAGGUGGCGGCUGCAACUCCUCCGGGUCCUGAGCCAUUCAAGUCGCGGUGAGUGCCGAACCCACCGUCGCGCGGGCGCGCCGGGAAAGGCGGGGAGGAUUUGCAGACGCCUGGAGGGGAGGGAAGAUCUGCUCGCCGCGCUCCCCAAACCUUGGGCGGGCGGAGCGGGAAGCGGCGACCUUCCAGCCGGGGUUGUUCUGCAGCUCCCAUCAGCCGCAGCCAGCACGGCCACAGCGGCAGGCCUCGUUUCCAAGUGCAGCUUCGAUUGCAAGCGGUGCGCAGGCAGGCGGGCUUCUUGCAGCGCGCAAGUGAGCGAACCGUUCGGUGCAUGGAGUUUCAGCUCCAAGGAAGAAAAGAACUUGGUUAAAAGCCUGUGUCAGCUGAGUUUUACUCAAAGUAGAUGCAUUGAAAUUAAUCAAGCUAACUUAGUCAUGUCAAUUAAUUUCAGUGGGCCUGCUCUGUGUAAAACAGAAAUUUCCAAACUUUUCAUGUUGGCGACACACUUUUUAGACAUGCAUCAUUUUGCAGCACGGUAAUUCAGUUUUACUAGCAAUCCAGUGGGCUGCCUGCACCCUUUACCAGCCCCAGCAAGAGUGUGGGGAGCGUUUGAACGACACACCCGCACACUGUUGCUGACAAUGCACUCAUGUGUUGCAACACACAGUUUGGAAAGCUCUGAUGUAAAACUUGGUCGACUACCAACCUUGAACUAGGACAGAAUGGAGUUUUAAUUUUCUCCUCAGCCAUAAAGAUUUCUGAAUUAUCUUCAGCCAGUUGCUAACGCUCAUCCUAACCUACCUCACCAAGUUCAGAGGAUUAAAGUGUGUGUGUGUGUAAAAGAGGAAAGGUGGGAUAUAAAGGAGAGAGCUUCAAUCAGAGGUUAAGGGCAAGAAUUGCCCUAGGGGAAGUAGGGAAGCUGAGCAGCUCCUCCAUUAGUUCUUACAGUUCCCAAACUUACUGGAAAUGUCACUGAUUCACUUUCCUCAGGUUGCUGCCAUGGCCUGCCUCACUGUCACCCCAAAAAGCUCACUAGCCGACUCACCCGUGUGGAUUCGCGCCUCUGGCCUGGACCCUUCCCAGCUGGUAACCCUGCAUGCAUUGCUUACAGAUGACAUAGGAGAGAAGUUUCAAUCCAGAGCCCACUUCCGGGCAAAUCUGUCUGGGGAGGUGGACGUGAAGCAGGCAGCUGCUCUAGGCGGGGACUAUGUAGGUGUUUGGCCCAUGGGCCUCUUCUCCUCCCUGAAGCCAGAGAAAAGGUUCCGCAGGCUGAUGAAACGCAACGUGACAGGCAGCCCUUUCCGCGUCCAGGUCAGCCUCUUUGGCUCUGUGGUAUUGGUUCCUUCACCCAACGAUGUACCACUGGCCACUUGCACUGUGGAGAGAUGGUACGCAGCCCAUGGAGUGGAACGUGUCCAGGUCAAAGAAGGCAAAGUUCGGGGUGCCCUUUUCUUGCCACCAGGUAAGAAAACUGAUUUGUGCUUUCUCUCCCCUCCCGGGUGAUUCACUACAAUGAGGAAUGGCCUAGCGCAGUGCCAGCCCACCCCUGUUUCACAACUUGUGGUGAAAUGGGAAUGGGCUACCCUCGCUGCUGCAUCCCACCCCACUUCCGCUGUUGUCAGAACAUCACCACCACCACCUGCCAAACCCUGCGAGAGCCGGCACAUUCCUCAAGGCAUUGCCCCUCGUCUUUCCUGCCUCAGGGGCAGAGAAGAUGAACGGCAACACCACAUGCCAUAAUGCCUCCCUCUCACUAGUGACAGGGGGGCAUUCCACCAGCAGUGGGGCAGGCAGGGUGAGGCAGAUGCUUCACACCACCCCAUCAGUGGGCCUGCUGUGGCCUAGUGGGCUCAGUAGAUGGUCUGUGAGCACUUAAUGCAUAGAUGAACCUAUGUGGGCUGGGGCUUCUUCGGUACCUGGAUGAGAGAGUCCUAUUAUACAUUCUGGGUUAUAAGAAUAAAAAGAAGUCCCCCCCUGUCCUUUACCUCUUCACUUCAUUUUCCUUCUUCCCACACGUCUGUAUGCAACUUUCCCAUUUGUUUCUGAACCUUCUCUACAAUCAUGCAGUCCUUCUCUUCCCUCAUUGUGGGACACACAUUGCUCACAUGCCCAGGUUGCUUUCAUUGUCCUCUCCAAGGUCACCCCCUUCCUCCACCCCACCCUGCAUGGUCUCAGAGACCUCCAAAGGCAGGCAGGCAGGGAGGUUCUUAUUCCAGACAAUUACAAAUACCUUCACUCAUAGUUGCUCUCCCUUUUUCUUGGACUCUCUGCAGGGCCUGGGCCGUUUCCAGGGGUGAUUGACCUAUUUGGUGGGUCUGGAGGUCUCAUUGAGUUUCGAGCCGUCCUACUGGCCAAUAAAGGCUUUGCUGUUCUAGCUCUGGCUUUCUUUGGCUAUGAUGACCUCCCACAGACCCUGGAAGAAGUGGACCUGGAAUAUUUUGAGGAAGCAUCCACACUACUCUUAAAACAUCCCAAGGUGUGUCUGAGAGGGUAUAUUUUCUUCUAUCUCAUUACAAGGGCAUUCUGUAGUGGGACAAUAGAGAUUAAAAUAGAUCAGGAGUGAGGAACGUUUUUGGCCUGGCAGGCCAACUUUGACGGGCGAGCCACCUCUCAAUCAUCUGACAUCAUAAUAUGUUAAGUGACUUGUAGGUGUGUGGUCCCACUCACCUGUCAAAACUGACCCACGAGGGUGCAGGAGAAGCCUGGAUCCCCACAAGGAAUGCACUGUCAAAGUGGCACCAAACAGGGUUCUGGAAUAUAUAGUGAUAUGCACUUGAUCAGACAAAGCUAGACUAACACAGGCAUCACUAGGUAGUUCCCAGGUUUUGUACAAUACAAUAGGAUCUCCCAAGCAUCAUUUUGUCUUUGUAUGGAAUUGAUCUGGCUAAAAACGGACACGCCUAAGACAGUGCACACACACACACACACACACACACACACACACAUUUUGUGGGGAGCAGAAUCUGACUGUGUAUGGCAGAGGUGGGACACCUGUGGUCCUCCAGCUUGUUACCAGACUCGGUCUCCCAUCAGCCAAUGAUCAGGUAGGACGUGAGCUGGAGCUCAGGUUAGAUUGAAGGGGGAAUUCAUCGCUAAUUCCCCAGCCUUGCUGAAGAGGAAGCAAUACAUACAAGGAGAAGGAGCUGCAGAGAGGAAGCUGCUCAUUAGCCUGGCAGGAGAUCUCUGCUGAGCAGGACUCAGUUGUGUAUAAACCGUUUAGAAAGAGCUUGGCUGUAAGGAAGGGCACCACUAAAUAAUAUUCCACUAUAUUCAAUGCUGUGUGAAAGGGCCCUAGUGCAGAAGGAGCCAGUUAGAAAGGGUUACAUGCAGUCUGAUGUACGAUCCAGCAUUCGGCCAUCUCAGUCUACUAACUCACCCUGCACCAUGUGGAGAAUCACUCUUCCUUCUGAACAAACCCAUUUAUAGCCUUCCUUCUUGCAAAACUCUACUUGCAUCUGCCUCUCAUGCCGUUGAUGAAAUAGCUAUGUGUGGUUCCCUCCCUCCUCCCCCGCCAGGUCAGAGGCCCGGGCCUUGGAGUCGUUGGUCUGUCCAAAGGAUCGGAAAUCGCACUGGCCAUGAUUACCUUCUUAGACCAGAUCGUGGCGGCUGUGUGCAUCAAUGGUGCCACAGGUAUGAGAGGCGCAUCACUUCGCUUUCGUGACGUCUAUAUCCCUGCCAUCCCUUAUGCUGCUGAGAAGGUUCUCAUCACUGAAAUGGGGACAAUGUCCUCUUACCACGUCAUGGAAGAUCCUUUGGAUGAAAGACAUCACUCCUCUGCCAUCCCUCUAGAGAAGGCCCAAGGGCCCGUGCUCUUUGUGGUGUCAGAAAGCGACCAAAGCCUAAACAGCAAGUUAUUUGCUGAGGCGGCCAUAGCCAGAGCAGAGCAGCAUGGGAAAAGGAACUGUGCUUUGCUGUCGUAUCCGGGGGCUGGGCACCUCCUAGAACCCCCCGGUUCCCCGCUUUGCUACUGCUCUGCUUUCCGGAGUACUCUCUUGCCUAACCAAUGGGGAGGUGAAGUGGAACUGCACGCCAAAGCCCAAGAGCAUUCCUGGAAGGAGAUCCAGAAAUUCCUCGAGCUUCAUCUUGGCCCAGUUGGAAAGAGCAAUUUCUAAUAGCGGGAGGAAGGAAAGCCAGCUCAGGUGACGUAUUCUAGUUCUCCAGACUUGAUCCAAUGAAUCCGCCCACACACGGAAGACCGUCAGAGUGAGAAUAUCCCUGUGACAUGGUAUUUCGAGAGCACUCAACAGAAAGCCAAUUGCGUGGCCAGAAGCCUGUGACAGUGUUAGGCCUCUGCGAACUGCAUCCAGUCCUUUUGCCUGUCUCAUGCUUCUUUGGGGGGGGUGUGAUUGGGGCCACUUUGCUACACUUGCUCAUCUGUCAAAUGGGGACAAUAAUCCCCCCCCCCGUUCUGUCUGAUCUUAAGCACUUGGGUGAAAGGGACAUUUCAAGCUCUGCAAAGCUAGCACAUUAGAAAUAAAAUAAACCGCAACUACAAAACACAAAAGGUGAUUGACAAGAUCAAGGUGACAGGAAAAGGCACCAGAUUCAAAAAAGCACUCACUUUUGACUACAAAGGAACAAUGGGCACAGCACUUAACAGUGUGCUCCCAAAUCUUCCUUCGCAUCCCUGUCUUGAAUUCAAGCUGGGCUGCAAAGGGUGGGGGGAAUCAUUUUUCUUCUUGUUGGUAGUUUCAAACUAAGCUACCUCUGCAAAGGAAGGAAGGAAGAACUGGGAGCGCACUCCAGACUAUUUUGUUUGAAGUUUUGUCAGGUGAUUGGCAGGUGGGCAAUCAGUCCAAGUAGCCCACGAGAGUGGGCUGCCACUCCCCAAACUUCUGAGGGCAGUGAAACUACCAAAAGGGCCCCCUCUGCUGCUCGUAACACCCAAGAUGAUCCGUGGGGAAUAUAUGGAGCCAUGCAAAGCAAUCCUAACUAUAAGAAGCUGGCUGAAUUGGACAGCUAAGUAGAUCAUGGGUUUGGAUUGGUCCCUAGGCCUGUAUAUGGGCACACUAGCAUAACUGACAGGUUCCUUUAGCUACAACUAAGGUGUUAGUGACAGAAAAACCAUUUGUCAUGCUCCCAUUGUGGCAGCCUCCUCAAAAUUGUGCUGUAUACAAAGAAACCAGCAAAGCUGAGGUUUCUCUUUCUGUCUGAAGUGUGUCUCUACAUUUGCAUACAUACUUCUAUUUUUAUAGAAUGUGAACAUCUGGAUUUGGAUCACAGAUCAUGCACUGAGUUAUAUGACAGCACCUGAAGACACCUCUUAAAAUUAAAAGAAUUACAGUGUUUUUCUUAAACUGCUGAAAUUAUGUAAAUAAUAAUUUAUGUACAAGUAUUGGGAAAUCAUUUAGAAUGAAUUGAAAAAAAUGUUUAAAAUUGUUUUCCCAAAAAAACCAGAGUCCUUUCUGUUGGGGAUAAUUCAGACUGAAAUUCCCAGGUGUCAGAAAAGGUUAUUUAUGUGUGCAACAACUGUGGUCCAUGUUUUGCUAGCCCCCAAAUGGAAAACAAGCGAGGUCCCAACCAAAGAAGAAUGGCAACUGAAGUUAACAGAAUAUGCACAAUUUGCAGACUUUACAUACAGAAUAAGAGAACAAGAAGAACAUAUGUUUAAAGAAUAUUGGAAAAUGUUUAUUGAAUAUGUGGAAAAUAAUUGUGUAUGGCUGAAAACGCUGGCACCAUUAAGGUAAAGUCAGCAGUGUAAAUAAGUUUUGAUGGAUGUAAUAAUGGAAAACUGAUGGGUAGUUUUUGUAAAAUAUGCAGGGAUAUAAGAUGUGUAAAAUGAACUAUGUAAAGAGAAGAGGGGAAGUCAUUGGUAUCUUAAGUAUGUAUACCCUUCUACCAUGUGGGGUGGCCCCAUGGAAAAGCAGCUCUUACUUGGCUGUGUCCGAAGGAGAUAUAAGGUUGCCACACGGGCUCUUGUAGGUGCCAGCGUGCUCACUAGUGCUCACCAGUUGCAAUUACAUAAUGCCUCAGCAAUGGUACCAAAUAGUAUAGGAAAUAGCCCUACUAGAAAAAUUAACCAACAAACUGAAACUGACACCGGGACAAAUAGAAGAAGACACCUUCACCCCGGUAUGGCUCCCCUUUAUCACAUAAACAGCCCAACAAGACAACGACAAAAAUCCACCAACAGCAUACAAAUCAAUAUGGCUAACCUGAUCCAAAACACCCACCCACCCCACUCACACAUGAAAACAAAAACCACCACAGCCAACCACAAAUGAACAACCACACCCUAGGCCAACCCCAACCUCUCUCACCACCAGAGGAACACAAGCAAACAACAAAGAACCUGCACAAGCAACGCUGACACCAAACCCUACAUAUAGUAGGUAAAAUAGAAACAUCACCACCUGACCCCACCCCCACCCAUCUCUCCCCCCUCCACCUCUUUCCCCCUUUUCUUCCUAAUGUCUCAACAAAUGAAAGUGAUUUGUAAAAAUGUUACAUGGGGGAAAAAAUAUGAGAGAGAGACAUUGCAAACACUUUUGUAAAUCAAGAAAAUCUUU